AUGGGAGUCCCUGCCUUCUUCCGAUGGCUAAGCCGCAAGUAUACAUCAAUUAUUGUUCACUGUGUGGAAGAAAAAGGCAAAGAAAUUGAUGGAGUUGUAGCCCCGAAUGAUACAAGCCAGAAAAACCCUAACGAUGUUGAAUUCGACAACUUGUACCUUGAUAUGAAUGGUAUUAUCCACCCGUGUUGCCAUCCGGAGAACAAGCCAGCGCCCCAAAAUGAGGAUGAAAUGAUGGUCGACAUUUUCGCCUACAUUGAUAGAAUUUUUAACAUCUGCAGGCCUCGUAAAUUACUCUAUAUGGCGAUCGACGGUGUGGCCCCACGUGCCAAAAUGAACCAGCAACGAUCGAGACGGUUUCGAGCUUCGAAGGAGUCAGUCGAGACUUCAAAUGAAAAAUCUCGAAUCAGAGAAGAGAUGUUGUCUAAGGGUUACCACUUACCCCCUGAGAAACCGAAGGAGAGCAAAUUUGACAGCAACUGCAUUACCCCAGGUACACCAUUUAUGUUUCGCCUUGCUGAAUGUUUGCGUUUUUAUAUUCAUGAUCGCUUGAACAACGAUCCAGGCUGGGCCAACAUUAAAGUUAUUCUUUCAGAUGCUAAUGUCCCCGGUGAAGGCGAACACAAAAUAAUGGAUUACAUUCGUCGACAGCGGGCACAGCCUGACCACGACCCUAAUACACAUCAUUGUUUGUGUGGAGCUGAUGCUGAUUUGAUUAUGUUAGGUUUAGCUACGCACGAACCAAAUUUUACUAUUAUCAGAGAGGAGUUCAAACCGAACCAGCCAAAACCCUGCGAGAUGUGUGCCCAGUUGGGUCACGAGAUGAAGGAGUGUACAGGUCUACCAAAAGAAGAAUGUGACAAACCUCUUGAAAAGUUGAUGGGCGCUGAACAGGAGUUUAUCUUUAUUCGCUUGCCUGUCCUCAGGGAGCACUUACAACAGCAGCUCCGCAUGGACGGUCUCCCGUUCGAGUACAAUUUCGAGCGUGCCUUAGACGACUGGGUGUUUAUGUGUUUCUUUGUAGGAAAUGAUUUCUUGCCCCAUCUACCGUCUCUUGAAAUUCGAGAGGGUGCUAUCGACCGGCUGGUAAAUAUUUACAAGCAGUGUGUAUACAAAACGGGAGGUUACCUCACCGAUAGCGGAGUGGUGAAUCUCAGUAGAGUGCAGUACGUCAUGUCAGAAUUGGGUAAAGUUGAGGAUGAAAUUUUCAAGACUCGUCGAAUUAAAGAUUUGGAGUUUCGUCGCCGUGACAAGGAACGUAACAAAAGAUUAAAAAACGAUGAUAAACCCAAGUGGAUGCUUGCUGGACAGUACAAUCCAGCGCCAGUUAACAGUGGUUCGAAUCCAAUACAUAAUCCUCGUCAAACGGCUGCUGAUAUGCGUAGACAGAUACAUAGCCCUCACCAGAAUCAGUCGUACGCAAAUUCUGCCAACGUCUCCUCGAAAAUGAUGCAUAACCCUGAUGCCAAACGUAAAUUCUAUAACAACGAGGAUGACGACGAGGAUGAACCCGAAGACGAUGUUAAGUUAUGGGAAGAUGGUUGGAAGGAUCGAUACUACAAAUCUAAAUUUAACGUUGACAAUAAUGACAUCAAAUUUCGUCAUCAGGUGGCCAACCAUUAUGUGCGUGGCCUUUGUUGGGUGCUGCGGUAUUAUUACCAAGGGUGUGCUAGUUGGAAAUGGUAUUUCCCUUACCACUACGCUCCAUUCGCUUCAGAUUUCAUGAAUAUUGGAGACCUAUCUAACGAAUUUGAAAAACAUACCCAACCUUUCAAACCCCUUGAACAACUGAUGGGUGUUUUCCCGGCCGCAAGUCGACAAUUCCUGCCCCCAACCUGGCAGCGUCUCAUGAUCGAUGAUGACUCACCUAUCAUUGAUUUUUACCCCAUAGACUUUAAAAUAGACCUCAAUGGUAAAAAAUAUGCUUGGCAAGGUGUUGCCCUUCUCCCAUUUGUUGAUGAAAUUCGUCUGAAGGCAGCCUUAGGUACAGUUUAUGAUGACCUCACUGAAGAAGAAAAGUUUCGAAACAUCAGAGGUAAUGACAGACUUUUUGUUAGUAGUAAGCACCCAAUGCAAAGUUUUCUGGACAGUCUUUACGAGGGCAGCCAGACUGACCGAAAAGUCCAACUAAACACCAAGCUUUCUCAAGGUAUGGGAGGUGCUGUAUGGUGUGAUGAGAUAGCAGUACUUCCUGGUCACACUGUCUUCUCGCCUUUGCCUCAGUUAAAAGACUUAAACAACAAUCAAGCGAUCAGCGUUUACUUCAAAGACCCAACCUUCAGUGAAGACUUUCUCUUCCCAGCCAAGAUUUUACCAAAUGCCAAAUUUCCUCCUCCAUCUAUAAAGCCGGAUUCCUACAGGGAUUAUGGCAAUAACAGAUAUCGGCCCCAGUUGGGCUUUCAAAGAGACAGUGGAUACCGUGACAACAAGGAUGUUGAUGCAAUGGUGCGUAUGAUUCGUCACCACACAAGCUCCUACAACCAGCAAACUCCUUAUAAUGAUGGCAGAGGCCGUAACCCAGGUGUUAUGAUACCACCCACAGCAGAGACAUAUGGAUCUGCAAGAGGAGGUUACAUGGGAAGGUCCGGUGGAAAUUGGCAUGGGGGAGCUGGUGGUAGUGGUAAUUUUGGUAAGGGUAAUUACUAUGGAGGUGGUAAUCGUGGUGGAGGUAGUAAUACUAAUUAUGGUAGUAACCGUGGAGGUUGGGGAAGCAAUCGUGGUGGUUACAAUAACCCAAAUGACCCCUAUAAAAGAAAUCGUCAAGGGGGUAACCAGUGGGAAGGUGGUAACAAUUGGAACUCUGGUUACAGAUCCCGCGGUGGCGGUGGUGGUGGUGGUGGUAACCAGUAUCACAGAGGUUACUACUGA